UUACAGCGAAUUUUUAGGUUUUAAUCGACGUUUUCACAUGUAGAUGGCCUCAGAAAUUAAUUGAACGAAGAGAGGGUAUGAAAUGCAUUCAUCAAUUUUAUAAAUAUUUUUUUUUUGUCAAAGUGUUGCGGGCUUGCUGUUGUUUUCUUUGGUUCCUUUGGGUCCCUUUGGUGUCAAACAACUGGACAACAAAUUCAAUAAAUGGCUGACGAUCCGAACGAAGAAUCAUGGCUCUAUGGAUCUAAUCCAGAGCCACCCGAAGAGCAGGACAGUAAGGAUGCAUUAGCAGUACAAAAUGACGAUGCGGUCGAUGAAGAUGAAAAGCCUGAGUUGGCUGAGGAGCCUGAAAAUGCGGAAGCAUCGAAUGCUGCCGAUGAAAUGGAAGAACAAGAAGACGGUUCCAUAUUCAAAGAGGAGAACAACGAAAAUGGGGAAGAUUCGGAUGACAGUGACGAUGACAUCAACGUUGUGAUUGGAGAUAUUAAGUCCGGUCCAAGUUAUAGUAUAAAACAAAGAAGUGGUGCACUCGCACCGGGCUCCACAGCACCGGCAGAUAAACAGAAACAAGCUCCGGGAAAAUUUAGCAUUGACGAGUUCGAAUCGGUUGGUACAAUUGCGGGUGUACAGGCGCAUGAAUUUAGCAUUGAUUCGCUCGAAGAAAAGCCGUGGCGAAAACCUGGUGCCGACAUAACUGACUAUUUCAAUUAUGGAUUUAAUGAAGAUACGUGGAGAGCCUACUGCGAACGACAAAAGCAGAUGCGUUUGAAUGAAAGCGGCGUUGGUCUGCAAAGUUUGUCGGCCAAUCUGAACAACUCAAAUUCAGGUUCGAAUCGCACAGUCUCGGGCUCGAAUGAAGGCGGGGGAUUUGGUCAAGGUGGUUUUAUGCGACGAUCUGGUGGUCCGCCUCCGUUCCGCAAAGCGACAGGACACAUUGAUGUGAUCGGAAGUAACGCGAAGGAGAAUGUCAUUCAAGUUAUGACAGCCGAACGCCGUGAAUACAGUCGAGUGCAGGGCAUGCCACCUCCAGGUUUUCCAAUGAACGAACCCUUUUUCGAAGCAGACAACUACAAUUAUGGAUAUGAACCCACGCAAGAGCAGCAAUGGAAUCAGCAAGAGCCUGGUUGGGUUCCUAGUGGCAUAAAGGAAUUAACGCCAGGUCAUAUGGUUGUUCCGCCGCCAGGGAUGAAUGUCGGAAUGAUGCGACCACCGAUGAGUGGUCCAGGCCAAAUGGUUCCACCACAUCAUAUGAUGGCAUCACAAGGUCAGGUCAUGCCGCCAUCGCACGGCAACGACAGAGACAGAGAUCGAGACAGGGAUCGUGAUCGUCGUGGUGACAGAGAUAGGGAAAGAGACCGUGACCGAGGAAAAUCUGAGGAAAGUGAAAGGGGAACGCGUGAUCGGGAUCGUUACCGCGAACGGAGUACAAGACGUGAUGCAAGAGAUACACGAGAUUCCAGAGAAACGAGGGAUAGAUCUCGCAGUCGGGACCGCCGCCGAAAGUCUAGAAGUCGUGACAAAGAUCGUAAGAGUCGCGACAAGAAAAAGACACACAAAAAAGAUAAAGAAAAGGACGAUCGGGACAGUGAUUAAGGAAAUAGUUAAUGUUCUCUGCAUUGUGUGAAUCAUAAUUCUCCUGGCAUAAUACAAAGACCUUUGCUGGCGUUCAAGCCUAGCAAAACAAAAUAAAAAAAA